CUCUACGACACGAUGAGGUUCGAGCUUGCCCUUCUCGCUGGCACGUCGGCCGCUUUCGCGCAGUCUUCCGUCUCUCAGAUUGUCGUUUCGACUGCCAUCGCUUCCCCUUCCGGGUCUGCCUCCACUGCCGUCCGGUCACAGGCGCCUCUCCCCCCGCAGCAAGCGUGGUGCCCAUCCCGUAUUUUCUGUGCGGGCCCCUUGCUCCAAACACUCAACUUGGCGGCUGUUUUCUCCGACCCCAAGACAUACGUGGACAAGCCAACGUCCAAGGCGCCCGCGGACGUACUCUCCGACUUUGGCAAGCUACCAGGCAACACGAGCAUCACGGAAGGCGACGUUGUCAACUUCGUCCAGACGGAUUUUGCGGGCGAGGGUCAAGAGCUUCAGGAGGUUUCCCUCCCCGGUUUCACCGCCUCCCCGCCGUUUUUGGACACUAUCACCGAUCCCAUUGUGAAGGGCUUUGCUGGCGCUGUCCACGGUAUCUGGCCACAGCUUGCGCGAGGCACAAACGCCAGCGUUCUGUGUGACGGUGUCAAAUGCGAAAGCUCGCUCAUUCCCCUCAACCACACCUUCGUUGUUCCCGGCGGCCGCUUCCGUGAACAAUACUACUGGGACUCGUUCUGGAUUGUUGAAGGCUUGUUGGAGUCGCAUCUUUAUGAAGUUGCCAAGGACACCCUCCAGAACUUUAUGGAUGAGCUUGAGCGUUUCGGAUUCAUUCCCAACGGCGGCCGCAUCUACUACCUAAACCGCUCGCAACCCCCGUUGUUCAUUCAGAUGCUUGCCCGCUACGUUGCCGUCUCGAACGACACCUCCAUUCUGCCACGAGCUCUGCCCCUCGCUGAGCGCGAACUUACUUGGUGGCAAACCAAUCGCACUGUCGCGGUCAAGUCGCCCUUCAGCAACGCCACCCACCAGAUGGCGCAAUACAAUGUCAGGAAUACCGCCCCGCGUCCAGAGAGUUAUCUCCAAGACUACACCACCGUCCAUGGCGUUACUCCGGCUCUUAAUGCGACUGGCGCCGCUGACCUUUAUGCGGAACUCGCGUCCGGUGCUGAGACUGGCUGGGACUACUCCUCCCGUUGGCUCACCGACAUCCCCGCCGGCCUGCCCUCGCUGAAUGUCCGCGGAAUCAUUCCCGUCGACCUCAACAGCAUUCUCUACAAGAGUCGCAUUGUGCUCGCCCAGAUGUACGGCAUUGCAGGCAGCACCCAGAAUGCGGACGCCGCCAACAGGCACCGUCAAGCGGCAGCUGCCCUCAAGGCUGGUAUCAUCGAUCUGUUCUGGAACUCCUCCAAGUUUGCGUUCUACGACUUCAAUCUGCGUACUAACGCACAGAAUACGAUUUGGACGGCGGCCCACUACUACCCCUUCUGGAGCGGGAUCGUCCCCGACGACGUCUUGAAGAGCUCGGACAACGCGUUCAAGGCGUUCUCGUCUUUGAACUUGAUUAUGAAUCGCUACAAUGGCACCAUCCCGACCACAUUUAUUGAGACCGGGUUGCAAUGGGACGCCCCCAAUGCCUGGCCACCACACCAGUACAUCGCGCUCCAGGCCCUGAAGGAGCUUCCCUCCAACGUCACCAAUGGCGCACUUCCUACACCCGCGUCUGGCCAGAAUACCUUUUCGCUUAUCCCCGACGGCCAGCUCGGCCUCCCCGAGUCUGCCCUUCCAGCCCAAGCAUUCACCACAACGCGCAACGCUACUACCAGCGGCGCCGCAGCGGAUAUUAACAAACUUGAUGGAACAGUUGUGAAUGGCGGCAAGAAGGGCAGUGGUGGCUGGGCGGAGGCCCUCGGGACGCAGUUGGCUAACCGCUACGUCGCGAGCGCGCUGUGCAGCUGGCAAGCGACGGGUGGCUCGGUGCCGAACCUGAUCCCAAGACUGUCGGACGCGGAGCUCAACAUCACCGAGAGUGUUACCAACGUCGGAAACAUGUUUGAGAAGUUUUCGAUUAUGGAGAUCACGAGCGCGGGUCGUGGUGGGGAGUACACCGUCCAGGCUGGUUUCGGGUGGACCAAUGGUGUAUUGCUGUGGGUCGCGAGCAACUACGCGAAGGUGCUUGAUGCGCCAAGGUGCCCUCCCCUGCAGAACGCCGCGCGCUCCGGUGGGAACGGGGGCAAUGGCGGGAACGGCGGCCGGGGCAACGGCGCUGUUGGUGUCAAGCCUGCGGUGGGUGUUGUUGCGCUGGUGGCCGCGGUGGCCGCACUGGUGCUGUAG